AUGAGAGGAGGAACCGCCUUCGGAAUCGGCAGAAAGCUCGCGAACCCAUCAAGCUUCUCCAUUUCCACCCAAACCCUAGCCCCAUUUUCCACUUCCUCCAACGGCGGCGGCGGCCGAGGUCGCGGCCGCGGCGGCCCAUUCCCCGCCGCUCCUUCUCUCUUCAACCACCUUGCCGAACAGUUCCCGGAUCAACCCGACUCCGUAUCUUCCACCGGAGCCGGCCACGGCCGCGGCAAACCCUUACCCCAGCCUCCACCUCCGUUCGGGUCGGGGAUCAGACCCGGGGCGCCCGCCGGUCGGGGGCACCCGGGUCACGUGCGAUCGCCGGGGGAGUCACGUGAGGGAGAUGAUUCGGGUUUACCGAAGAAGCCGGUUUUCUUCAGGCGGGAAGAUGCGGCGGAGAACCGACCGGAGGCUAUAUUGACGGUGUUGGGCGUAACGGGGAGGGGGAAGCCCGUUUCGGGCGCGGCGGUUCAAUCUGUGGAGGAGGAUCGGCGAAUUGGGGCUCCGGUGGAGCCCAGGAGGGAGCCCCGGAAGCCGAAAUCGAGCCGGGAAGAGGCGGUGAAGCACGCAAUGGGGAUAUUACAUGGCGUGGGCGAUGAGGGACCGGAGGUUGUUGACGGUGGGGGUGGUGGAAGAGGGAGAGGAGGAGAGAGAGGGAUGGGAAUGGUGAGAGAGAGUGGAGGAGAGAGAGGCAUGGGAGUGAUGAGAGGGAGAGGAGGAGGAGGAAGAGGAAGAGGAAGAGGAGGGAGGGGAAGGAGAGAUGGAGAAGGAGAUAGGAGAAGGCGAGGGGAUGAGGAUGGCGGCAUUGCGUCGGGGCUUUAUCUUGGGGACAAUGCUGAUGGGGAGAAGCUAGCUGAGAAGCUUGGCCCGGAAGUUAUGAAUCAGUUGACUGAGGCAUUUGAGGAUAUGAGUACUCAUGUUCUUCCAUCGCCUUUGGAUGAUGCUUAUGUCGACGCCUUGGAUACCAAUUGUAAGAUUGAGUUUGAGCCAGAGUAUCUUAUGGGGGAGUUUAAUCAAAACCCAGAUAUUGAUGAAGAGCCGCCUAUUCCUCUCAGGGAUGCACUUGAGAAGAUGAAGCCUUUCUUGAUGGCAUAUGAGGGUAUCCAGAGUCAAGAGGAGUGGGAGGAAGCCAUUAAAGAGACGAUGGAAAGAGUUCCAUUGUUGAAGAAGAUUGUCGAUCACUACAGUGGACCAGAUAGGGUAACUGCAAAGAAACAACGAGAAGAGUUGGAACGGGUUGCAAAAACUCUUCCUGCAAAUGUACCGGAUUCUGUAAAGCAGUUCACUGAUCGCGCAGUGCUUUCUCUCCAGGGCAACCCUGGCUGGGGAUUUCACAGGAAAUGCCAGUUCAUGGAUAAGCUAACGCAAAAGGUUUCCAAGCACUACAAGUGACCCUGGAAUGGUCAGUUCAAAUACUUAAACGAUGAAUAUGGUCACUUUCUAAGCUCAUAAUGCGGAAAAGAAGUGGUCAAUGAUACUUUAAACUUUUCAGUUCAAGUUAUUUUGCCUCAAAAUUAUGUACUUGUACCAAUUGUUUAGUUGUUACACUAGAAAAGCUCAGUUCUCUUAGAUUUCAAUAAUUUGCCAUCUAUACAGCAUAGCACGAGUGAAAUCAUUUUCAGGCAACAUAGCAUUGUUUUCGAUUGAUUGCCAUCAGUAACUGUACUCAGUGAGCUGAUUAUGUCGCUGUGUCCCAAUGACAAUUUGCAUUUUCACCGAUGGUAGCUAAA